CUGCUGCCCGCCUCGCGCAUGACGUAACUCUACUCCCGGCAUGCACGCUGGAAGUGUAAUUAUUACUAAUGGCGGGUAUUUGUACGAUGUACUCUUAUUUUAGGCUAUCGUUUGCUAACUGUAUACAGUAAUAUGAAACGGGGGGGUUCACAUUAACAGCCGCUGUGUGUUUCGAAGUAUCUUCGAGGUUAAACAAAGCGAAGAGCCUGUAUUAGAGCACUAGGGCACAUUGUAACCUGUUAUCAUGUGGUUGUUGCCCGUUAACAAGUGACACAAACUGAAACUGAGCAGGACGGUAGCGUGUGUUUGUAAGUUAAGAAAUAGCUUGGCCAGCGAUGCUAGCUCACCUUCUCGUCUGUCUGUCUCAGAGCCACAGCUCCUAAACUAUUGCACAAGCAGCUAACUUAAUGGGAAGUUUGCUUGGUGGCUUUCAUUCAUUCGACCUCAGGUUUCGCUGCCUAUAAAUCUCUACGAUCUUAUGAAGCGGAAAUGGUUUCCUCCAAGUUAUCAGUGUUGGUGUUUUUAGUAACUGUGAUUAACGUUAACUGUACCUCGAAACUAAAUAUUCCCAAAGUGUUGCUACCGCUUGCUAGAAGUACAAAAAUCAACUUUACAUUGGAAACUACUGAAGGUUGCUACAGAUGGUCUUCCACCAGACCAGAGGUAGCAAGCAUCCAGGCUGUGGAUGAAGAAAGCAGCAGAGGCUGCUCCCGGAAAGCAGUUCUCCAGGCUCUCUCCACCCAGCCCUCCAGACUCACCAGCAUCAUUCUUGCCGAAGAUGUUGUUACAGGACAGGUAUUGCGUUGUGACGCCAUUGUUGACAUCAUUAAUGAGAUCCAGAUAGUGUCGACCACCAGAGAGCUACAUCUGGAGGACUCACCACUGGCACUCAAAAUUCAUGCACUGGACUCUGAAGGCAACACCUUCAGCACCCUUGCAGGUCUAGUGUUUGACUGGACCUUAGUGAAAGAUGUAGAUGUGAAUGGAUUCUCUGACUCUUACAAUUCAUUACGGGUACUUAAGUUCUCAGAGUCCACAUACACACCCCCUGGAUAUAUAUCUGAGAUGGAACGUGUUGGGAAACAGGGUGAUAUUAUUUUGGUGUCGGGACUGAAAACGGGACAUGCUAAGUUGAAAGCCAAAAUACAAGAGCCAUUGUAUAAGGAUGUGGGUGCAGCAGAGGUGAGGCUGCUGAUUUUAGAGAACAUCAUGCUGAGUCCUGCGCAUGAUGUCUACUUGCUGGCGGGAACUUCCAUUCGAUACAAAGUCCUGAAGAUAAGGCAGGGCACAAUCACAGAGCUCUCUAUGCCUUGUGAUCAGUAUGAGCUGCACCUUCAGAACAGCGUGGUUGGCCCCAGUGGAAACUCGGAUGUUGCUGUGGCCAGUCUGGAUCAAAGCACCUCCACAGUUACAGCAGUGCAACUGGGACACAUCAAUGUUGUACUGGAUCAUAAGAGCCUUCGAAUGCAAGGAGUGUCUCGCCUGCCCAACAGCACUCUGUAUGUGGUUGAACCAGGCUACUUAGCUUUUAAAAUUCAUCCAGGAGAAAGCUGGGUUCUCGAAACAGGCAGAGUGUACGAUAUCCUCAUUGAAGUAUUUGAUAAAUCUGGCAAAAAAAUUUACCUCUCUGAUAAUGUCCGUAUUGAUACUGGUUUCCCCGCGGAGUACUUUGAGCUCCAGGAGUCUUCUCUGAAUGGAUCAUAUCAUCGUGUCAAAGCGCUCAAGGAAGGCCUAACUCUCAUUGAUGCUACCCUGAGUGCUGUUGUGGAUGAAACUGGAACCGUCCAUGCACUUGCCAACCCAGUCCACAACGAACAGGAUGUAGAAAUAUAUAACCCUAUAGUUCUUAGUCCCAGUAUUCUCACAUUUCCAUGGCAGCCCAAGGUCGGAGCUUAUCAGUACACAAUAAAGGUGACAGGAGGGAGUGGAAACUUCAGCUGGUCUUCCUCCAAUACAGCUGUCGCCACAGUGACCGUGAAGGGAGUGAUGACAACAGUCAGUGACAUCGGCGUCAGCGAAAUUUAUGCUCACGAUCUUCGCAACCCACUACACUUUGGCCAGAUGAAGGUGUAUGUGGUUGAGCCUGUGGCCAUGGACUUUGCUCCAUGCCCAGUGGAGGCAAGAGUGGGCUUGGUUCUAGAUCUGCCCCUCAGGAUUUUUGGCCUGCUGGAGGAGGUGGAGAAAGAGCGGGUCAUGUUGAGUGACUGCUCCCAGUUUGACCUGCAGGUUGAGGAGGAGAACCAUGGCGUCUUCCAGCUACUGGAAGAGAGGCUGGUUCCCGGCCACAACCACUGCAGUGGCGUGAAAGCCAAGGCCCUGGCUUCUGGUUACACUGUGCUUACUGUCAGCUACACCCAUGGCAACCUUCACCUUAGUGCCAAGAUCACCAUUGCUGCCUAUCUUCCUCUCAGAGCGAUCGACCCUGUAUCGGUGGCAGUGGUGACUCUGGGAUCAUCUAAAGACAUGCUGUUUGAAGGUGGGCCACGACCUUGGGUUUUAGAGCCCUCAAAGUUCUUCUGCAACUUCAGAGCUGAGGAUGAAGCCAGUGUGAGCCUUACUCUGACCAGUCCCUCAUCUCACAACUACAAUCAGCUCUGGGUCAGAGCAACCUGCAGGGCCCUGGGAGAGCAGGUGCUGGAGGUGAUGGUGGGGAAUGAGGCCAGUGUGACCAAUCCGUACCCUGCUCUGGAGCUGACAGUGGUCAAGUUUGUAUGUGCCCCACCUUCUCGCCUCACCCUGGUUCCGGUGUAUAGCAGCCCACAGCUGGACCUCACCUGCCCACUGCUGCAGCAGAACAAACAAGUGGUACCUGUUUCAAAUUACCGCAACCCAAUUUUGGACUUGGCCGCUUUUGAUCAACAAGGAAGGAAGUUUGACAACUUCAGUUCGCUGAGCGUCUUGUGGGAAUCGAGCAGGGUGCCUGUGGCCAGCAUUGAACCUACUAUGCCUAUGGAGCUGCUGCUGUUCAAGGACGCCAACAAACAGAUGAAACUUCACGGACGCCGGGCAGUCCUUGUCCAUCAUCAGACAGGCAUUGCUGCCAUCACAGUGACAGCUCUGGGUUACCAGGUUUCACACCUGGCAGCUGCACAAGUUCCCAGUCCAUAUGAUCCCCUGAUCCCUGUUUCAGCCACUCUGGAGCUCCUGUUGGUUGAAGAUGUGAAGAUUUCUCCUGAUAUAGUGACCAUAUACAACCACCCAGAUGUGCGGGCGAACUUGGCCCUGCAAGAAGGUUCGGGUUAUUUUUAUGUAAAUACCAGUGUUAAAGGGAUAGUGGACGUGGUAUUCCAGGAGGCCCAAAGAACUGUUCAGGUUUCUCCCGUUCACCCGGGGGAGGUAAAGGUGAUGGUUCACGACCUUUGUCUGGCAUUUCAAGCACCUGCCACGGCCACAGUACACGUUUCUGACAUCCUGGAGGUUUAUGUGCGCGUGGUUGACAAGGUGGAGAUUGGCAAAUCUGUGAGAGCUUAUGUCAGAGUCUUGGAUUCUAAUAAGAAGCCCUUCCCAGCCAUCAAUUUCCAAUUCAUGCACCUCAAACUUACAGCAGCUUCAGCUAUAGUUGCUCUGAAACCAUUAGGGGAGUUCACAGAAAAUGAUACUGCUGUUUUCCUGGUGAAAGGUGUUUCUAUUGGUCAGACCACUGUGUCAGCUGUUGUUGUGGAUAAAGAUGGUAGAAAAAUUACAUCUGCACCCCAGCAAAUUGAGGUAUUUCCACCGUUCAAACUCAUCCCAAGGAAAAUGACACUGUUAAUUGGAGCAAUGAUGCAGAUCACAUCUGAGGGUGGCCCUCAGCCUCAGUCCAAUAUCCUGUUCUCUAUUUCCAAUGAGAAAAUAGCUUCUGUGAAUGGCAUGGGCCAUGUCAGGGGGGUCACCAUUGGUAAUGUCACAGUGACUGGAUUGGUCCAAGCUGUUGAUGCCGAGACUGGAAAGCUAGUUGUUAUUUCUCAGGAUCAAGUAGAAGUUGAGGUUGUGCGAUUGACGGCCAUUCGAAUCAGAGCACCUAUCACAAGAAUGAAGACAGGAGCACAGAUGCCCGUAUAUGUAAUGGGUCUGACCAACAGUCAAACACCCUUUUCUUUCGGCAAUGCUUCACCGUCCCUCACCUUCCACUGGUACACCACUAAGAGAGACGUUCUGGAUGUUCAGCCAAGACACACUGAGGCUAAUUUGGAGCUACAGUCAGAGCACAACUUUGGCAUGAGGGUGACCGGAAGAACGAGAGGACGGACAGGGCUGAAGGUGGUGCUCAGAGUCACUGACCCAGAUGCCGGGCAGCUCGUGGGGAAUCUGCAGGAGCUCACAGAUGAGAUUCAGAUCCAGGUCUAUGACAAGCUGCACAUGCUUAAUCCUGAAGUAAAGGCUGAGGAGUUACUGAUGGCUCCAAACUCAGCUCUCAAACUCCAGACUAACAGAGAUGGUGUGAGUGCGCUGUCUUACCGGAUGCUGGAUUCCCCUGACCAGGUUGUUAUAGCUCAAGUAGAUGAUAAGGGCUUUGUCUUCUCUGGCUCUCUCACUGGCACCUCCUCUCUGCUGAUCACUUCGCAAGAGACCUUUGGUGUCAAUCAAACUCUCAUCCUUGCUGUGAAGGUAGUGCCUGUGUCCUAUGUGCGCUUCAGUACCAGUCCGGUGCUCUACACACACACCAGAGAGGACCUAAAAGCCUUCCCACUCGGCAUAGUGCUCACCUUCACUGUCCACUUUCAUGCCAGCACUGGGGAGGCCCUCCACAGCUCAAAUUCCCACCUUACAUUUUCCACAAACAGAGAUGACCUGGUGCACGUGGGGAUCGGGCCUGGUAACCACACUCUGACAGUGAGGACCAUCAAUGUGGGCCUCACUCUCCUUGCCGUGUGGGACAGUGGAAACGUGGGUGUGGCGGACUACGUUCCGAUACCCGUUGAACGUGCCAUCCACCCUCAAGAGGCCCAGAAACUGGUGGUGGGGGAUGUGGUCUGUUUCACUGCUCAGUUAACCAGCCCAGAUGGCGGUCUUGGUACUUGGAGCUCCUCGGCUGAUGGCGUUCUGCAGGUGGACCCUAAAAGUGGCGCAGCAGUAGCAAGAGACUCUGGGACUGCUACUGUGUACUACGAGAUACGUGGUGUUUUGAAAACGUACACGGAGGUAGUAGUAGAACCAAGCAGAAGGACUGCAGUUGUGUCACAGGCUACAUCCGUCAGGAGCGGCAAGGAAACGAAGGUCCUGCUCACCACCAGAGAGAGUGGAACCAACCUCAUCGGAACCUGUUCCUAUGCUCAGGCUGAAGUUAUUUCUCAGCUGCAGCCAGAAACCUCCGUCAGCUGCCAUCUCAGCUUCACCAGUGAUGCUAUUGACUUCUCUGCUAAUGAUGUCUUCAAAACACACACCAGUUUUGACUCCAGCAUUGGUCUCUACACAUGUUCCAUGACCUUGCAGCCAAUGACUGACCAACAGACCCGUGUGCUCAGCAAGUCCAUGACCAACCUGCUGGUGAAGGCAGUCCUGGAGGGCAGUGACUUCUCUGGGGAGCAAGUCGGUGCCGUUCUGCCCAUAGAGCCAGGACUCUACUCUGACCAGACUGAGUUGCUGCUCUCAAACCUGCACCCAUCAGCUGAGCUCACUGUCUACGGCCCAGCUGUGGCCCUGUCCAAUCUGGAGGUGGUGUCUACUUCUCCCAGCAUUGCUGUCCAGGAGAAGGAGGCACAACAUGGCUUCUCAAAGUACACCAUCAGCGCUGUGGACCCUCAGGCUGCAGUCUCUGCUUCUGUUUCCAUAAGCAGCACUUCCUGCGCGCAGACUCUCGUCAUCCCUGUCACUUUGAUUCACGUGGCUGAUCACAGUGCUGCCGUGCAAGCUGCUGCUCCAGAUGUUAACAGGGAGGGGGGCCACUCCCUGCACACAUUCAUAAACUCCUACCAGAUGAUGUUCUUCACCGUGUUCGCUCUGCUGGCCGGUACAGCUGUCAUCAUCAUCGUUCUCCACAAUGUGUUCACUCCCAGCAGACAAACUUAUCAUCCUGCAUUCACCCAGAGGACGCCACCACCACCCACGUCAGGUUACAUCUCACCAGACACAAAUUCCUUCACGCCCAGAAUACCGAGGAUGGACCCAAACAGCAGCCCCAGGUCACAUCUGUAUUCUCCAGGCUACAAGUCCUGAUGAAGCGCUCUGUGUGGCCUCUAUCCUACGAAAGAACACCACAGGCCAUUAAUGAGUGUUGAAUGUACGGCUGUCCUUCAGUAUGAAUGAUGUUGGAUGUGACUGCAAAAAUCACUCAGUUUCAUUCAAUUGUCUUUACAUGUGAGUACAAAUGCUUAAAAGCAAACAGAAUAGCAGAUCAGUUAAGAACUGCAAAUUGAUUAACAGCGCUGUGUCCUUUGUGUGUAUAUCUUUGUGUGUGGGAACAGUUUAUAUAUAUGUGUGUGAGUGUGUCAUCCUGUGGUUUGCUAAGGACAUCAUUUUUAUACACAACCACUCUGUUAUGAACUGGCAUCUUUUAUUAGGAAUGCUUAAAAAGCCAGAUGCCUAGUUUUUGCUUAAAUUGUUAAAGGUUGUUUUUUCGUUUGCCUUUCUCUUGUGUGCUACUUAUCAUAAUUAACAUGUGACAUUUAAUAACUCAGGAUGAAUCUCAUUCUUUUACGACAAAAAGCAAACGUUUGUAGCCUUUUUGUGAAAAUGCUGUCCACUGAAAACGCUCGUGAAGAACCCUUCAAAUGUGCAUAAUCCUGACUGCGAAAACGUUCAUUUAUUUCUGUUUUGGGGCAUUUUGGGAAAAUGUAACUUUUCCAUUAUUUAACACCACUGAGUUUUUGAGCCAUAAUUCAUAAUUCAACUGUCUAAUUCCUAAAUGUGAAACCGUUAAGGAAUGUCAACCGUCAUUCAGUUUUUUUUUUUCGUCCCAGCGUGGCUUCGAAGCAAAAAGCUAUCAAAUGUGACCUGUUCUCAUUUCUGAAAAUCGUAAUGUUUUCUGUCUGUUUGCUCCUGACCACAUUUCCAGGAAGAGAUUACUGUAGCACUGUGGAAUUGCUGGGACAUUGUUUUAAAUGAGAUAUUUUUGUAUUUGAGAAAAAAAAAAUUGUUGACAAGGAAUCAUAUUUAUGUUAGCUAGUGAAAUUCAGUUCUGUAAGAGGUGUGUGUAUGAUGAUCAGAUGGUUUCAGUGUUGUUCUUUCAUUUAAGAUUCAGUCAUGCCUUACAGUCGUAUCUAAACAGCUUUCAGCACAUAAUAAAAACCACGAGUUUGUUUGCUUGUGUGAAUAUGCGCUUGCCUUUGCUAAUUAAAAUUUUUACUUCUCGCACUUA